AUGUUGUCAGGGGCCCCACCAUGAGCCCUACACUUGGGCAAUUGGCGGGCGAGACACUGUGGAUUUCAUGGCGCAGCGACAUGACUCGCAGCAGAGAGAGGAUAUCGGGAGAGCAGGAGACUCAGAUUGGAACUUGGAACCUCCCUCUCUCAAGGAUCAGUCAGUUGAUUAGUGGUGCACGCACAAUACAGUCGUCUUGCCUGCUGCUUGUUGUUGAUUCGGUGCAUCUUCCUUGGUGAGCUUGUGUGUGU